AUGACUCUCUCCGAUACCGACCAAACGCCCGCCAUCCCAUCGAAUACCACUCCCCAGACUCAAGUAUCUCUGGGAGGGAAGGUAAUUGCGAUCACCGGUGCAAAUCGCGGGAUUGGUCUGGGUGUCGCCGAGUGCUGUCUUUCUAACGGCGCAGCCAGAGUUUACUCUAUCGACAUCGGAGAAACUGGAGAGGACUUUGAUGAUAUAAGCAAGCGUUUUCCAGGUCAGCUAUUUGCUGUAACUGCUAAUGUGACCGAGGAGUCGACAAUCACCGCCGCAAUUGAUAAGAUCAUUGAAGAAGCUGGAGCACUGCACGGGAUGGUAGUGAACGCCGGACGCACACAUCACAAAGCUGCUCUUGACUUUACCAAAGAGGAAAUCGAGAACCUGUUUAACGUGAACCUUUUCGGGGCCUUCUAUACCGCACGAGCCGCUGCUCGUGCAUUCAUCAAGCUUGGGAUCAAGGGCUCUGUGGUGUUCACCGCCUCAAUGGCCUCGUACCGCCCAAAUAAGCGCGUCCCCUCCACUCCCUACGGUGCCUCGAAGGCCGGUAUUCGCAACAUGACACACACUUUGGCUAUGGAAUGGGCACAGUACGGGAUACGGGUAAACAGUGUGUCUCCCGGUCUUGUGAAAACCGCCAUGACAUAUUGGGUGCCACAACAGCCCGACUGGGAGCAGCAACUCAAGUACUACGGAGGAUUCCCGCGCCUGGCUGAAGUGCAGGAGCUGGGCGGUGCCUACGUCUAUCUUCUCAGUGAAGCCGCAAGUUAUACCACCUCUAUUGACAUUCCAGUAAAUGGAGUAAUAGGAAGUGAGUGUGCCCAUGCAUUUGUCCUCAGAAAAAUGGGCCUCCUAACACAUACAGUCUGCUGA